AUGGCCCUUCGCAACAUCGCGAUCAUCGCGCAUGUCGACCAUGGCAAGACGACGCUGGUCGACGAACUUCUCAAACAGUCCGGCGUCUACCGCGACAAUGAGCGCGUCGAGGAGCGCGCGCUCGAUUCCGGCGACAUCGAGAAGGAGCGCGGCAUCACGAUCCUUGCCAAGGCCACCUCGGUGACCUGGCAGGAUACGCGCAUCAACAUUGUCGACACGCCCGGCCACGCCGAUUUCGGCGGCGAGGUGGAGCGCAUCCUGAACAUGGUGGACGGGGCGAUCGUGCUGGUCGAUGCCGCCGAAGGGCCGAUGCCGCAGACCAAGUUCGUCGUCGGCAAGGCGCUCAAGGUGGGCCUCAGGCCAAUCGUCGCCGUCAACAAGAUCGACCGGCCCGACGCGCGCCCGGACGAGGUGAUCAACGAGGUGUUCGACCUGUUCGCCGCGCUCGACGCCGAUGACGAACAGCUCGAUUUUCCGAUCCUGUACGGCUCCGGCCGGGACGGCUGGAUGGCCGCCGGACCGGACAAGCCGUCAGACGCUUCGCUUGCGCCGCUGUUCGACCUGGUGCUCGACCACGUGCCGGAACCAUCGGUGGGCGACGGCCCGUUCCGGAUGAUCGGCACGAUCCUCGAGGCCAAUCCGUUCCUGGGCCGCAUCAUCACCGGCCGCAUCCAUUCCGGUUCGGUCAAGCCGAACCAGACCAUCAAGGUGAUGGACGGGGACGGCAAGACGCUGGAAACCGGCCGUGUCUCCAAGAUCCUCGCCUUUCGCGGCCUCGAGCGCCAGCCGAUCGACGAAGGCCGGGCCGGCGACAUCGUCGCCAUUGCGGGCCUUUCCAAGGGCACGGUGGCCGACACGUUCUGCGACCCGUCGGUGACCGAGCCGCUUCCCGCGCAGCCGAUCGACCCGCCGACCGUGACGAUGAGCUUCAUCGUCAACGAUUCGCCGCUCGCGGGCACCGAAGGCGACAAGGUGACCAGCCGCGUCAUCCGCGACCGGCUGAUGAAGGAGGCCGAGGGCAAUGUGGCCCUUAGAAUCGAGGAUUCCGAGCAAAAGGACGCCUUCCACGUCUCCGGCCGGGGCGAGUUGCAGCUUGCGGUCCUGAUCGAGACGAUGCGCCGCGAAGGGUUCGAACUGGCGGUUUCGCGGCCGCGGGUCGUCAUGCAGACCGGCGAGGACGGCGCAACGCUCGAGCCGAUCGAAGAGGUCGUCAUCGAUGUUGACGAGGAGCAUUCGGGCGCCGUCGUCCAGAAGAUGAGUGAACGCAAGGGCGAGAUGAUCGAGCUCAAGCCGUCCGGCGGCGACCGGGUGCGGCUGGUCUUCCAUGCGCCGACGCGCGGGCUGAUCGGCUACCAGUCCGAGCUUCUGACCGACACCAAGGGCACGGCGAUCAUGAACCGGCUGUUUCAUGAAUAUGCGCCGUUCAAGGGCGCCAUCGCCGGCCGCAACAAUGGCGUUCUGAUCGCCAACGAGCCGGGCGAGGCGGUCGCCUAUGCGCUGUUCAACCUCGAGGACCGGGGUCCGAUGGUCAUCGAUCCGGGCGUCAAGGUCUAUCAGGGCAUGAUCGUCGGCAUCCACACGCGCGACAACGAUCUGGAAGUCAAUGUGCUCAAGGGCAAGAAGCUGACCAAUGUGCGUGCCGCCGGCAAGGACGAUGCGGUCAAGCUGACCCCGCCGGUGAGGAUGACGCUGGAACGCGCCCUGUCGUGGAUCCAGGACGACGAGUUGGUCGAGGUGACGCCCAAAUCGAUCCGCCUGCGCAAGCUCUAUCUCGAUCCGCACGAGCGCAAGCGCUUCGAAAAGACCCGCGCCAGCGCCUGA